UACACGAACCUGUCAUCAUGUCACGCUAUGGGCGGUAUGGAAGAGAAACCAAGGUGUAUGUUGGUAACCUGGGAACUGGUGCUGGUAAAGGCGAGUUAGAAAGGGCAUUCAGUUACUAUGGGCCCUUAAGAACCGUGUGGAUUGCCAGAAAUCCUCCAGGAUUUGCCUUUGUGGAAUUUGAAGAUCCUACAGAUGCAGAAGAUGCAGUUCAAGGAUUGGAUGGGAAGGUGAUUUGUGGUUCUCGAGUGAGGGUUGAAUUAUCAACAGGCAUGCCUCGGAGAUCUCGUUUUGAUAGGCCACCUGCAAGACGUCCCUUUGAUCCUAAUGAUAAAUGCUAUGAGUGUGGUGAAAAGGGACGGUAUGCUUAUGACUGUCAUUGCUAUAGCCCUCAAAGAAAAAGCAGGUCACAGUCUAGAUCACAUUCCCGUUCCAGGGGAAGGCGAUACUCUCGCUCACGCAGCAGGAGUCGGGGAAGGAGGUCAAGAUCAGCAUCUCCUCGAAGAUCAAGGUCUGUGUCUCUUCGUAGAUCAAGAUCAGCUUCACUCAGAAGAUCUAGGUCUGGUUCUAUAAAAGGUUCGAGAUCCCGUUCAAGGUCAAGAUCAAGAUCCAGGUCUAUUUCACGGCCAAGAAGCAGCCGAUCAAGAUCUAGAUCUCCGUCACCUAAAAGAAGCCAUUCCCCAUCAGGGAAUCCACGAAGAAGUGCAGGUCCUGAAAGAAUGGACUGAAGUUCUCAAGUUCACCCUUUAGGGAAAAGUUAUUUUGUUUACAUUAUUAUAAGGGAUUUUUUAUGUCUGUAAAAUGUAACCUAGGAAGGAUCAUCAACCAUCUAAUCAAAAUGGA